AUGACUCCCCACUCUUACUACCCCGUGGGGGUUGAGAUCCCCAGCUACGUCCCUAAUGAAUGGAGCACUCUAGGGCUGGUCUCAACAUUCGCUGUUACAUGCCUAAUCGUCCUAACAGCCGCCAAAACGAUUGCAACGAAUGUAAAUCCUCGUAUUACGAUCACUGAACUUUCCAAAGUUCUUUGGUUUACACUAUGCGGUUCCAUCCAUCUCAUUCUCGAAGGCUACUACGCCCUAUGCUUCGCGACCCUUCCGGGCUCCCAACAUCUCCUUGCGCAACUCUGGAAAGAGUACUCCAUGUCUGACUCGCGGUAUCUGACUUCGCACGCCUUUGUCAUGUCCAUGGAGUCCAUUACCGCCUGGUGCUGGGGCCCGUCAUCCUUCGUCCUUGCCUAUUUCAUCGUCACGGAUAAUCCCUUCCGACACCCGCUGCAGAUUAUCAUCUCCACUGGACAGCUUUACGGGGAUGUACUGUACUACGGGACCUGUGCAUUUGACUUUCUAAUUUACGGGAUUGAGUACUCGAGGCCCGAGGGGUAUUACUUUUAUGGGUAUUUCGUGUUGUUGAAUGGGUUCUGGAUUGUUAUUCCGGCUUUGCUUAUUGCUGAUAGUGUAAGAGCUUGUGGGAGGGCUUUUGCUGAGACCAAGAGGAUAAGGACGGUCGGCGCAAAUGGGAAUGUGAAGAAAACGGCUUGA